GUCCAUCAUCAUAAGGUCGCAAUAAGGAGCUUUGCAGCGCAUUUGCCCUCCGUGCCUUCUUCGUCAUCUCUUCGCAACCCCAUCCCUUACGUUCGUAGCAUGAGCGGCCGCGGUUCGCGUCCUCGUCUGCGCGGUCGGUUAAAGGGGUAGCGAAAACGAUUCCGACGAGAACCAGAACCACGCAGAUCGGGCCAAAGAUCGGGGCCGACCACAUAACACACACACCACCAUUCGAGAUCCCCUUCCGGGGCCCUCUCGCCGCGGCUCACCACUGCCUAGAGCCACCCCCAACCCCCCUGCUGAGGGGAUGGGGGUUGGUAGGGUCGUCGCCGCGAGUAGUGCCAGCUAUUGUUGGGGAAAGGGAUGAGAAGGGGCGGGUGGUGGUGCUCCCGACCCGACGGGUAGGGCAGUGGGAGGGUGGCAAGGCCAGGGCCAGGGGGAGCUAGAGAGAGAGAGGGAAAGAGACGACAUGCAAACACUUUUACUGUCGUUUGGGGCCGCCGACGACAACGGCGACGGUGACACAGCUCAUCCAAAAACAAGAACAACCGAGUCUUCCGAUCAGUGUGUGCAUCUAGAUGCGCGUGUGUGCGUGUGUGUGUGCGUGUGUGUGUGUGAGAGAGAAAGAGAGCGAGGAGAGUGAGCUGCCCGCCAUCUCCCUCGCUGUGCGCGCCCGUACACACACACACGCACGCUCACAAACACUCGCACCUUUUCCUGUGUUCUUAUAAAGCCUUUCGGGCGACCGGCGACCCGCAAUGGCGCCGGAAACCGUAAGGCAACGUAGCAGCAAUAAUCAAUGAUAAUCGACACGGACACACUCACACACAUUGACUAACAGGCACGCCCCUUCCAGGGGAGCAGGCGCGCCACCACCUGCCACCCCGGGAAAUGCGGUUUUGAGGUCCUGUUAGGUGGGGUGCUGUAUGCACCAAUCUGUACAUAGGAGCUGGGUUAAAGCUGGGAGGUUAAAGAAAAACAAGUUUCAACUACAUAAUACCUACAUACAUAAUCGAUACAGCAGGUCUCUAAGGCUUAGGGUGUCCCGUAGGACCUCCCUCGUCCUCUCCUUGGAACGACCUCGGUGUGUCUAGAUGUUAGCGCCAUAUCAGAGUAGCCGAAUAGGAGAGCAGCAGCAGCAGCAGCAGCAGCAAUAUAGUUGUGAGUGACUAGCCAGUGACCCUUGAGUGUGGCUCGAGCCUCGAGCUUAAUGGGUUUGUUGACCUCAACGUUGACACCUCAACAGCCUCCCCGGGCGGGGGGAAGAUUAACGCAGAUAAUCACACACACACACACAAAUGCAGUAUUAGUCAGGCAAAGCAAUAUCCGCGUUUCGCGUGUUUCGAGGAGAGCAGUCGAACAAAUAACUCACAUAUACACACACAGACAGAGACAGAGACAGACAGUUAAUAAUCAGUCAGGGUUGUGCGCCCCCCGAGGGUUCCGCAGUUAUAUAGAAUACCUUUUGCCAUAUGCAGCAAGCAAGAGAAAAAAAACACACAGUAAUAUCAGUAUUUAAUCUAACAUUGCCAACAUAACACAAUACUAGGCGGUAGUAGUGGCGUGUGGCGGCGGGAUAGCACCUGUGGGGCACGCACCAUGUAACGCCUCGUAGAUACUGGCCCACCUCUCCCCCACCAGCCCGCCCGUCCACUCGGCGUUCGGCGUCCUUUUACGUGGCGCGUGUCUGGUGUUUACUGUCGGAAUCGUUAUCGAGACGUCGACCAAACCGUGCUCGAGCCACGAGGCUCCCUGGCACACCCCGGGCCAGCUUGUGUGGUAGUGGUGGUGGUGUUGGUUCAGAACCACCAAUGACUCCGAAUCGAGACAGCACAGCAUUGAGCAGCCGUGCUGCCUGGAUGACGGAUCCACCACCACCACGAAGCAUUACUGGAUCCAAUCCAGCUUUUCCUUUCCGUUCCAUUGCCGUCCCCGUAUUUCCCCCCCCUGUAGGGGUUUUCCCCGUCCCCGCGAGGCGAGGCGAGUCGGAGAUGGGGCGAAGCACGUUGCGCUCCUCGGACCUCGGACCUGGUGACGAUCGCGACCCUUUUUCGUUACCACCAAGACCGUUACCUGCCAUGCGACCGGCCGCGGAGCGUGACGACC